AUGCUCCGGCUGGGAGCCCGGCUCGCCGGGCCACGAUGCUUGCUGCUCUGCCUGCUCCCGGCCGUCCUCAGAGCCCAGCCUGGCUGGGAGGGGAGGCCCAAGCCCCUGCCGUGCCAGCAGAGCCCCACGAAGGUGUCAUGCAAGGGUGCUGGCCUGCACAGCUUUCCAGAGGAGCUUGGCCAAGGAGUGAAGUACCUCGAGCUCUCCAACAACUUCAUCCGAAACCUGUCGGAGAGCCGCAUGCGGGGGUUCGGGCAGCUCGAGCACCUGGACGUGUGCUUCAACCAGCUGGAGGCGGUGUCGGGAGCCGCCCUGGCUCAGCUCCCCCAGCUGCGCUCUCUCCUCCUGGGCUCCAACCGCCUGGACCGCAAUUACCUCGCUAACGGGCGAGCCUUCGGCUUGCUCAGCAACAUCGAGGUCCUGGACCUGUCGGCAAACAACCUGGAGAGCCACAUGGCGGGCUGGUACCUCAGCAGCCUCAGCACGCUGAAGAAGCUGGACCUGUCCGGGAACAGGAUGACGAGGCUGCCCGCGGGCAUCUUCUGGAGCACGCCGGCGCUGAGCGAGCUCAACCUCAGCAACAACUACAUCAUGGAAAUCGAGGAGGGAGCCUUUGGGGCUCUGGAGGAGCUGGAGGUGGUGAACCUGGCCUUCAAUUCCCUCCACUGCAUCUCCGGCUUCAGCCUCAGGCAGCUGCGAGUUUUAAACCUGAGCCACAACGCCCUGGAGCUCUUCGUCUCGGAGGACGGAGAGGAACCCUACCUGCUUCAGGUGCUCGACCUGAGCCACAACAGGCUCCUCUAUUUCCCAGAGCUCCCCAAAGCGCAUUACCUCACGCACUUAAACCUCUCCAACAACCUCAUUGCCUCGCUGGCCCCGAGCUCACGCCACCCAGCAGCGUUCGCGCUGCACUACGACGAGCUGGCGAGGUUUAACGGGUCCUCCAGCACCACAGCUGGCCUCACCCGUGUGGCUGACUUGGAUCUCAGCAAUAACCAGCUGCAGCUGUUCCCAUUUUCUUUCUUCCAUGGCCUGAGCUCUCUGCACAACCUCAGCGUGGCCACGAAUUGUCUCCAGGACGUAACGAGGGAGACGCUUACAGGUGGCACAGAAGGGGACAGCGUGGCCACCUCGCAGGAGAACGUGUCCCUCUCCGUGCGCUCUCUGGACCUCCACGACAACCUCAUCCGCGCCUUGCCACGUUGGUUUUUUGAUUUUCUGCCCCAGCUGGAAACGAUCGACCUGGGCUCCAACAGCCUCCAGCCCUGUGAGAGCCGGGGAGGUGACCGUGGGGGGACGUCAGGAGGGGGCCCUCACGGGGCAGGACCCUGCACCGCCUUCUACAACGUCCCCCACCUGAAGCACCUCAGCCUCUACAGGAACAACAUCACCCGGCUGCAGCCCUACGCCUUCAACCAGACCUCGCUGCUCUCCCUAGACCUGUCCGAGAACACGGGCUUGUCCCUGCCCAAGGCAGCCCUGGGGGGCCUGGAGCUCUCCCUGCAGGAGCUCUGGCUGCGGGGGAACCAGAUGGGGGACGGCACGGCAGAGCUCCCCUGCCUGGGCGCGCUCAAAGCCUUGGACCUCUCGGGCAAUCGCUUGAGCCUUUUGCCCGCGGGUCUUUUCUGCUCCUCGCUGGAAAGCCUGGACGUCCGCGACAACAACCUGCCGGCGCUGGCCAAGCUGGCCGUGGCGAGCUGGGCCCGCAGCCUGCGGGUGCUGUGGGUGGCCGGGAACCCCUUCAGCUGCUGCGGGCUGGGCUGGUUGGACACGCUGCGGGCGGCGCGCGUCCGCCUGCCCGACCUGGACCGGGCGCUCUGCGCCUACCGCCACCGCCGCGGCAACUUCUCGGCCCCGCUCAGCAGCCACCCCUGGUGGCCCUGCCCGCGUCCCAAAGGGGCGCUGGCGGCGCUGGUGGUGGUGCUGAGCAUCCUGCUGUGCCUGGGCUACGGGGCGUGCUGCCUCCUGAGGAGGGGGCAGAAGCCGCCGGGGUGCGGGGCUCUGCGGGGCAGCAGGGUGGGCGGCUUCGUGCCCCAUCCCAAAACGGAGAAGGCAGCCAAGGAGAGGCCAGCAGAUGGUGACACUAAAGUGUAG